AAAUACCUCUCCCCAUCUGUCACCUUUUCACAUCCUUUUUAUAGUAUUCCUCCAUUUUCUUCUUCCCAUAAAAUUUCUUUCUCUUUCUCUCUCUCUCCAUUCGUAAGCUUCCUUUAAGUACUAUCUUAUCUUCCAUAUAUCAUUAACAACUUCUGUAUUUAUAUUAGUACAAAUUUUAUUAGGACCAAAAAGGACAAAGAAAAAGUACUUGAUAUAAGCUAUGGAUGGAAGAUUCAAUAACUUUUUUGUUUCGGAGCAUGAAGAUUCCGAGAAUUCACCGGAAAACAGCUCCGAUUCGCCACGUUCCGGCAUGUUCAAUGAUAGCAAGUUGAUAACUUCUACUUCGUCCCCUAAAAGAAGAAGAUCCAUAGAAAAGAGAGUGGUGUCAGUGCCAAUUAAAGAAGUUGAAGGAUCAAAGAUGAAAGGUGAAAUAAGCAUGCCACCAUUUGAUUCUUGGGCAUGGAGAAAAUAUGGACAAAAGCCCAUCAAAGGUUCUCCCUAUCCCAGGGGAUAUUAUAGAUGUAGUAGUUCAAAGGGAUGUCCAGCAAGAAAACAAGUAGAAAGGAGCCGUGCGGACCCUAACAUGUUGGUAGUGACGUAUUCUUGUGAACAUAACCAUCCUUGGCCGGCUUCUAGAAAUAAUCAACACAACCAUCGUACAACUACCACUCCAACGUGUACCAAUAAUAAUGCAAAGACGAAGAUGAAAACAAUAGCAUCAUUAACAGCAUCACCAGCAACAACAACAACAACAAUAAUAGCAGCUUCUGAUAUUGCGGUUUCAGAAUUAGAGCAAGAAAAAUCCACGAGCGAAUUCGCCAACCCAUCGGAGCCCAAUGAUUCAGACGAAAAGUUUGCCAAUCUCGGUGAAUCAUCCCUAAUUAGUAGCAAUGAAUUUGGAUGGUUUUCGGAUUUAAUUGAGUGUACGUCUACUACCAUGCUAGAAAGUCCAAUUUUGACUGAAGUCGAAGUUACUGAUAUUGACACGGCAUCGACGUUGACAAUGCGAGAGGAAGAUGAUUCCCUUUUCGCCGAUCUCGGAGAGUUGCCGGAAUGUUCAAGGGUGUUUGGCCAUGGAAUGAUGGAGAGAGACGAGGAACGCCGGCGACAUAGCUUGACAACAUGGUGUGGAACCACAGGCUGAGAUCGUUUGAACAUGUGUCGCCUCUCUAAAUUUGUCUUUAUUUAACAAAAAGUAUUUUUUUUUAACUCUUUUUAAUUCAUUAGGAAAUUGCGCGUCGUGCGCCAUAAGAUACCAAAGCAAUUUGGUUUUCGCUUUUAAUAUUUUGAACUUUUCUUAGAUUUCAGUGUAGGUUUUGUAGUAUAGUAAAAUAAAAACUUGUCCAAUUGGGAGAGUUCUGUCUCAUUCUCAUUGUAAUUAGCAUCACUGGCCGUUUCAUUUCCAACGGCUAAAUUUCUUC